GUGUGUAGGGUGAGAAGUGUGACGACUGUGCCAGAUAAGACCUCAGGCGAGCCUUCUAUCUUUUAUCUUCGCCCUACAGGACACCACGACACAAUGUUUAAGAUUUUACUUGCGAUAUUCCUGUUUAAGACAGCCCAGUUGCUGCAGCGACCAUAUCCUCCGGGAAGUCAAAAGUGGUGCUUUUCCUCCACGGGAUGCCCGGAUGAUGAAUGUUGUGUACACGUGACCGAGUCGGACGGACGUUUCGGGAGACGAGGAGUAGCGCCACCUGGGAGAUGUUUCACUGAAACGUCGGAUCUCAGAAGUGUGUGUAUGAGGUCGGCGUCUGAUAGGGCGGCGUUACCUCGCAGGUGCAACGACGGGGACGACUGCGCCGACGACGAGUGCUGCGCGGACUGGGUGCAGGGGCCGGGGUUCGGGCGGAGGGGGGAUGACCAGGGUGUGUACCUCGGGGUGUGUGACAAGCUGGGACACUACGACUCAGACUGCCGAGCUGACCACUUCAACAGCAGUAACAACCCCCGCCCUGAUGGACUCGUGAAGAGUUGCCCCUGUAACGUUAAGUACAACUGCACACUUAUUGACGACGCCGACAAGACGCUAGGCAUUUGCACCUAACAGAAACUCCCAAGUUGUCAUCACCAAGAAGACUUUUUAAAAUAAAUUGGAAUAUAUAUAUGAAUGAGA